AUGGUUGAUGAUGUUAUAUAUCUUCCUUAUCUUCAUAAUGUUUGUUAUGGACCUACACAUCAAGUUUCUGGCUUUAAAUUUGGAUCUGCACAAAACUUUUAUGUUUCGUCCAUUUUUGCUCAACCAUUUUGGUAUUAUACAGAUGGAGACAUGGUUCGUGGAAUGGCUCCCGUAAUUAGAGAUGAUUGUGAUUCAUCAGUUUCAUUUAAGAACUAUGCAAAUGAUUAUUAUUAUUCCCCACCAGAGAAAAAAUAUAAGAAUUUGGAUAGUAUCACUGAGCAUCAUAUUCUUUCUUUUGAUUGCGAUGAAUCACAGAUUAUUGAGAUUCCUCUUCCAGAACCAGAUAAACCUGAUGAUGAAGACGAUGAUGGAAAUGAACCUGAAAAAUCACCUUCAACAAAUUCAUCGGUAAGUAAUGUUACAACAACAACAACACCUGGUUUUGAAAUAAUUACUGAUGAACCUGUAAAAUCUACAUCACUUUUAUUUAUUGUAUUGAUUGUUAUUGCAGUAAUCGAAGUAAUAUUAAUUACUGCUUUAAUAAUCAUUAUUAUUCUCAAAUCUAAAGAAGAGGAAAGUACUACUGAUGCAGUCGAACUUGACGAAGAGAAUAUUGCAGCUGUUAAAGAUGAUAUAUUAGUUGAAUUAACUACCAAUAAUACUCUGUUUUGUAUGAAAUAUUCAGAUGAUCCAUUUUCUGCAGAUUUUAAUGAAAAAACCGAUGAAUUCGUAGUUUGUGCAGGUAAAGAUUUAGAAAAAGUUAAUUAG